AUGGAGCCCGGCUCAGACGGGCCCCAGAGCGAGGGGCUGCGGCCCUCCCGGCUGCUCCGGGAUCGGACGCGCGGGGCGGGCGGAGGCCCCCAGCCCCGGCCCCCUUCCUUCAAGGAAUGUCUGCCCAGAAGGAGGCCCGGCCACCAGGCCAACUUCACCGCCAGAAGGCGUGCUCGGAGCCGGGGGGCCGGGGCCGGGGCGCGGGGCGGCCCGCGGGGCGCAGAGGCCCAGGGCGGGGGCUGGGAGCGUGCAGCCCGGGCCGCGGUCCCCCGCUCACCCGACACCUGGCCGUCACCUAAAGACAAGCAAUCCUCCUCCCUGCCCGGCGCUCGCCGGGCUCUGCUCCUUCUUGCUGGGCUGGGGGGGGGGGGCACCGCAGAGCUGCCGUUGCGGAGCCCCGAGGAGGGGCUGCGGCCCGUCCGAGGCCCAGGGGAGGCUCUCCAGCCCGCACGCACAGCAGGAGGGGGUCCCGCCUUCUCCCUGCGCGGCCCCGGCUGCGCCCAAGGCUGGGGCCCCGCACACGCGCAGCCGGCCUUCCUCACUGGCCGACCCGGCUCUGCCAAGGCCCGGGCGCAAAGGCGCCCGUCCCGGCGGCCCGCGGACAGCUGCGGCUCCCGCGUGCGUGCGUGCAGCCGGCGGGCCUGGCUCGGGGCUCCCGCCGGUCCCCCGAAGGCCCCCACAGGCACGAGGGCGCAGGACCUCAGCGCCAGCCCACGCCGCGCCUGUCUCCGUGCAACUGUUGACGCCCCAGAAACAUCCACGGGCUUCCUCUGCCUGGUUCCCUGCCCACCGAGGGUCUGGCUGGCACCCCCCGCCCUUCCUGGCCUCAGACAGACCCAGCAGAGACACCCCACCAGCUCUGCACCCCACAGGAACCACAGCCUUGUCGCUUCCUGUCAGCUCGGGCGGAGCCUGACUCUGAUGGGAGGGGGUGGAAGCGUGGUUCGGGUGGUCGAGCACCCACCAGUGGCAAAGAGCAUCAGAGAGGGAGGUCGAGAGUCCCGGAUUCAGACACAAGCAAACCAACAGGGACGAGGGCCUGUCCCCGUGGGGGGCUCGACCCCCGCCCAUCAAGCUCCCCAGAACUCCGUCAUCCGUCCCCCGCCUGCAGCCCGCCCCGGGGCCCUGGGCUGGCAAGCUCCCCGCAGCCCGUCCUGCCUCGGGCCCCCGAGAGCGCGAGGCCAGCCCCUGCUCUGUGAACCCCGGCAGGGACCGGCCCGGGGGGCGGCCGAGACCCGCGUGCCGCCCCAGGAGCCCCGUGCCCACCUGGCCAGCCGCACGAAACACCGUGGCGUCCCUCGGCCUUGCGCCUGCCCGGCCUGCUCCGCCCGGCCUGCCCGCUCCUCCCCCUCGGCUCCCCCACCCUCCAGGGGUGCGGGCGGGGGCCUGAGGAGGCCAGCGGCUGGUGGCUCCUGGCCCCUCUCUCUGCGACAGCGGGGGGCCCGCCGGGGCCCUGGAGGGGGGCUUGCGGGGAUGGGGGCGGGCGCUUGUUCCCACACCCCGCACCCCCGCUUGCGCCAGGCUCCUUUCCACCUGCACCUGCCUGCCCGCCCCACCCAGAAACCACUGCCUCCAGACACAGGGCCACUGCCACGCCCGCACGCCCCCCUCCCCCCCCCGGGCCCUCCUCCAUCCUCACCGGCCUGGCCCUCCCUCCGUGGCCCGCCAGCCCCCCCAGCCCUGGCCUUUGCACCCCGACACCAGCCCGCCAGCACAGGGGUGGAGGGGCUCUGUCCCGCACUGUGGUCCCGGGGUGGCUUGGGCAGAGGGGGCGCGCGGACGCUCACGGUGGGCACUGAGUCCAGGAGAGCUGGGCUGAGCCAUGCUGCGACCCCGCUGCCCGCUGCCCACAGCCGCUGCCCACAGCCCGCUGCCCACUGCCUGCUGUCCACUGCCCACAUCCCAUUGCCUGCUGUCCACUGCCCGCUGCCCACUGCCCGCUGCCCGCUGCCCGCUGCCCACUCUCCACUGCCCGCUGCCCAGUGCCCCGCUGCCCACUGUCCACUGCCCGCUGCCCAGUGCCCGCCGUCCUGCUGCCCGCUGCCCGCUGCCCGCCGCCCAGUCCCCUGA